AUGUCUGACCAAGAAUCUGUCUUCCUGGUCUCCGAAUCCUUGCAGGACAUCCUCCAAAAAGUAGAGAAGGUUAUACAACAAACGGUCACCGCCAUUAGUUCUGGACGGGGAAGAGAUUAUGAUUUGCUCCCUUUCUUAGCAGAUAGUCUUAAAGACAUUCAGCGUGUAGGUGGCAUCCGGCUAGCUGGACGAUGUGAGAUAAGGUUGACCUGCUUAGAGGAACUCAUAUAUCUUUUGGAAGAGCUAGUAGACUUCGACCCGCAUGAUGAGGCUACGCCGCUUAUGAUCGAUGCUCAGACUCAGAGGGUGCGAGAGCGUAAGGCCCGAGCGAGACGCAUAUCGGAGCAAGAAGUCAUUGUUGCGAACUUGUACGAACGAUGGUUUCGGCUGUGGAGAUACUUUAUACUAGCGUGGGCAUUAUACUCCUCUUUCUUCACACCCUUGGAGUUUGGUUUCUUCCGUGGUCUCCCAAAUAGCCUCUUCUGGUUCGAUAUCACAAGCCAGACUGCAUUUAUCAUUGAUAUUGGCAUCAAUUUCUUUCUUGCUUAUCGUGAUAAUCUUACUUAUCGAAUGGUCUACAAGCCGUACUCCAUUGCUCUCAGAUAUAUGAAAUCAAGUUUUCUCAUAGAUUUACUCGGUUGCCUUCCAUGGGACGCUAUCUAUAAGGCUUCUGGACGUAAAGAAGGAGUGAGAUACCUAGUAUGGAUCCGUUUAAGCCGGGUCAGCAAAAUUACAGCUUUUUUCCACAAGAGAGAGAAAGACAUACGUAUAAAGUAUUUGUUUACACGUAUAGUGAAGCUCAUUGUUGUUGAGCUUUAUUGUACACAUACAGCUGCCUGUAUUUUCUACUACUUAGCAACAACACUGCCUGCAUCGAAAGAGGGAUACACAUGGAUAGGGAGCUUAGAGCUUGGUGAUUAUAAAUAUUCAAGUUUCAGAGAGAUUGAUUUUAUGAAGCGUUACAUAACUUCAUUGUAUUUUGCCAUAGUCACCAUGGCAACCGUAGGUUAUGGAGAUAUACAUGCAGUCAAUACCCGGGAAAUGAUAUUCAUCAUGAUCUAUGUUUCUUUUGAUAUGAUUCUGGGAGCUUAUCUUAUCGGUAACAUGACAGCGCUGAUAGUAAAAGGAUCGAGAACAGAAAGAUACAGGGAUAAAAUGAAGGAUCUUGUUAAAUAUAUGAAUAGGAAUAGACUAGGAAGAGGUAUAAGGGACCAGAUAGAUGGACAUGUACGGUUACAGUAUGAGAGCAACUAUACAGAGGCUUCCGUUCUCCAAGAUAUACCAGCGUCAAUUCGUGCUAAGAUUUCACAAAACUUAUACAAAGACUACAUUGAAAAUGUCCCUCUGUUUAAAGGAUGCUCCUCAGAAUUUAUUCAUCAGAUUGUCAUCAGACUGCAAGAGGAGUUUUUUCUUCCUGGUGAAGUGGUUAUGGGACAAGGCGAUGCAGUAGAUCAAGUUUAUUUCAUCUGCCAUGGUGUUCUGGAAGCUGUUGGGACUGCUGAAGAUGGAACUGAGGAAACUGUAACAAAGUUGGAAUCUAAUCACUCAUUCGGAGACAUUGCUAUCUUAUGCAACAUUCCUCAGCCCUAUACUAUACGUGUUUGUGAACUCUGCAGGCUCUUACGAAUAGAUAAGCAACUCUUCUCCAAUAUCCUACAAAUAUACUUUGUGGAUGGACGAACAGUUCUAAACAACCUUCUAGAGGGUGAUGAAUCCGAUACUCGUGUCAAGCAACUUGAGUCUGAUAUCAUAUUCCAUGUCGCUAAGCAAGAAGCCGAGCUUGCAUUAAGAGUAAAUAGUGCUGCUUUUCAUGGAGAUUUUGGUCACCUAAAAGGUCUGAUUCGUGCUGGGGCUGACCCCAAAAAGACUGAUUAUGAUGGGCGCACUCCUUUGCACCUAGCAGCAUCAGGAGGAUACGAAGAUAUCACUUUAUUUCUUGUUCAACAAAAUGUGGAUGUUAACAUUUCAGAUAAAUCUGGGAACACAGCAUUAAUAGAGGCUAUAAAAAAUGGGCAUGACAAAGUGGCUACCAUACUCUUCGAAAAUGGAGCAAAGUUAAACCUUAGUGAUCCCGGUAGCCAACUUUGUGCUGCGGUUUCAAAGGGGGACUCAGAUUUUCUGAGGAGAGUUUUAUCUUACGGCGUUGAUCCAAAUUCAAAAGAUUAUGAUAACCGGACACCUCUCCAUAUUGCUGCUGCAGAGGGUAUGUUUUUUACAGCAAAACUUCUUUUAGAGAAUGGAGCGAAUGUUUUUGCCAAGGCCAGAUGGGGUACUACACCAUUAGAUGAAGCACGAAGAAGUGGAAGCAGGCCCUUGAUAAGGCUGAUGGAAGAAGCUAAAUCUAAAGAGCUUUCCGAAUUUCUUGGAAAACAAGAUCAACAAAUCCAAGAUAAAAGGAAACCACGGAGAUGCACGGUGUUUCCCUUCCAUCCUUGGGGCCCCGAGGAAAAGAAAAGAUCUGGCAUUGUACUAAGAGUUCCAGAGACGAUAGAUGUUCUAAUUCAAUCUGCUCAAGAGAAGCUUGAAUUCUCUGGUACAUUCAUUCUUUCGGAAGAUGGAGGCAGGAUAUUUGAUGCGGAUAUGAUUUCUGAUGAUCAGAAACUUUACUUAGUUACCGAUAAAGAUACUACAGUAUAGUUUAUACAAAGAUCCUAAUUUUACACGUCAUUUACAAUAAUCUGCAUCUACAUCUACCUCUACA